AUGUCAUUACUUUGUGUGACAAGUAAGUGGUGUGCGCACUCUUGUUUUCGGGUUACUGUAAUUGUGUAGGGACACAGUUUUUAUGGGUUACGGUGGUCUUACACGUUUUUGUUUCGAUAUACAUUUGUACUAUUUAGUAUAGGUACUACAAAUACUUUGUAUUUAAAGGCAUGUACUAUUCAGUUUGAUACUAAAUAGUACUAAAUAUACGUAAUAUUUAGUUUAGUACUAAAUUUUACUGAGUAUGCGUACUAUUUAGAAUAGUACUAAAUAAUACUGGAAACACGUAUUUGAUAGCAUGAUACUAAGUAGUACUCUGUAUGUAUGUCUUAAAACUAUUAUUAAAACUAAAAAUAAAAUACAGCAUCUUAUGUUGUCUUUAACCAGAGCUUUUCAAAAACUACAGUGAAAACUUAGAAAUUACAGUAACCUCGUUUAUUCUAUCGCUUUUUGACUACUGUUUAACUUUUGUUUGGUUUUUUAAGUAUUUCCUGCCUGAGUUGUGUCGUGUGUUAUAAAUAAUGCUCCGGCAGGGCAGUUUGGAUGUCUACACCAUUAUCGUUUCAGUCAAACGGGCGACGCUUCAAGGUGCGACAGGUAGGUGUUUUUGAAGUUUUAACAAAAAUUGGUAGGGAGAGGGGGAAGAGGGGUGGGAGGGGGACCCAACUUUUGUCCACCCUAGCGUAGAGCCAUAGCCUAGAACACUAACACUGAGCCAUAUACCAGAGCCCUAGUCUAGGGCCCUAACUCAGAAGUCUCUGGCCCUUAAACCUAACACAACUUAACGAUAAAGUUAUUAUAUGUUUAUUUUCAGAAGAAUUUCACUCAUAUGUCACGGUAAAAUUGCAAAAUGUCAAAUCGACCACGGUAGCAGUUAGAGGCGCGAAACCAUCAUGGGAGCAGGAAUUCAUAUUGUAAGUCAUUUUACUUUAUAUUAUAUGUUUAGAUAGCACCCUAAAGAUAUUUUACCUACAUAUUUUAAAUAGCCAAAAACAACACGCGUAUUUUACAAAAAAAUUUAAAUAUUCUAGCGAAACGAACCGGCUAGACCAAGGUCUAAUGGUAGAGCUCUGGAAUAAGGGAGUGUUAUGGGACAAACUGAUUGGUGUUCACUAUCUACCUCUAUAUCAAGUGCAAUAUCGUGCAGGGCCUGGGGCUGGAGCAUGGUUAAAAAUUGAUCAAGAGCUGGAGACCAGAAACGGUCAGACAGUUGGCACUUGCAAACCGACCGGUCAUUCGGUCAUGGUGGACGUGAGGUUUGAACUACCGUUUGGUAAGCGUUUUGGUAGUUGUGAAAGGGGAGCGGGGAGAUUUCUAUCUUAAUUGAGAGAGAAGGGUAGCGUACGAUAGGGUAUAGUAGGGUGAGGUAAAAAAGAGAAAGUUAACAAACUUGUAGAUUACAUAUUACACUACUAAUUUACUGCACUUUGCCCUUUACUUUACAUUGUAAAUUGCUGUAGUUACACUUUAUCUCGCACUAACACGCAAGAAAACAAAUUAUCUCAAUAAUUAAACUUUAAAAGCCCUAAAUGUAAAGCGUUUUGUUUACACUGACAGUGGAUUACAAUACUUUACUUACAUAUUGUAAAAGUAAGGAACAAAUUGUGGUAGGGGUACUGACUUAAGCCAACAGCUAUGUUAAGACAACAUUAUUUAGUGUGAAAAGUCAAAAGGUACUAUUCACUACUACUUAAGGUAAGACAAGGUAACAGGGCGGGGAAUUAGGAUAAGGUUGCUUAAGCUAUAAUUUGGGUAGGGUAAAGUAGAGCACGCUGUUAGGUAGGAGAUUGUAAAGUAAAGGGUAAUGCAAUUGUCAGGCUAGGGUAUAGUUUCUAUGGCUAUGGCGAUGGCUAAAUCCUAAGCCAAAUCCAAAGUCAAAGAUUAGGCUAAGCCUAAGGUAGUUAGCUCUAUCUACUAAAAAAACUUUAAAAAAAUAAUUUUCACCAUAUAGUAGUGCAAGCUCCAUACCCACUACCCUCUAGCAUAUGUCGAUACUCACUCGUCAGCAUCGAAUGUGUACUUAUUUUCCCAAAAGUUGUUUUUGUGCUCAUUAGAGGCGAGUUUCGGCUUCUCACUUUUCAGGGCCAAUAUUUUUCGUCUCUUAAUUCGAUGCUCUCAUAGUUGUAAGCAAGUAGUUGGUAAUUUCAGAAAAAGAUAUUUGUAUUAAGCUGUUUGCUAUGUGAGUACGUAAUGCAAUUUUAAAACGGUAUGGUAGGGAUUGCUAGAGAAGGAAACUGUAGAGUAGGCUAGGGUAAGGCAGAAUAGAGAGUAGUAUGAUAGAAUAUGGUCAAUAAUAGUACCCCUCCCUUUUCGUGUUGUAAGGGUUUGAAGGUUAGGUACCUACUAUAACAUAUCUAAAUCUUAUUUUUAAAUUUCGAAAAUAGUUCAGCUGACGUGCGCAAAUUAAUCCAAUUUCUAUCGGUAACAUGGUCAAUUUAGAUAGGACAUGUUGACGUGCUUCGAACAAAAAAAAAAGAUUCAACGCGAGAUAAUAUGAUAUAUAAAACGGUAAACAAAUAGGAAAAUCUGCAUGACUAGAAUGACUUUCGUUUCUAAAUUUCGGAAAAAUGGUUUAGUUUAUGUACCGUCAGUUUUCAAAUGACAAAGUAGGGUAAGAUAGAGUUUGGUAAGGUCAUAGUUAAGGAAAAAGCUAAAGUUAAUGUUGAAGCUAAAACCAAGCCCAAUGCCAAGGCUAAGGCAAAAGCUAAGGCUAAGGCUAAAGCUAAGGCUAAGGCUAAGGCUAAGGCUAGGUCUAAGCCCAAGGAUAAAACUAAAGCCAAUUUCAAGGCUCUGUCGAGGCCUAUGGCUAGGGCAUAAACUAGGGCUAAAGCUAUUAUAUCUUUCAACCUUCUCCAUGGCAUGUCCGGGGAGCGAAACCACUUUGAAAUUCAAAAACGAAUUUUUUAUACAUACUUUUUACAAGCCCUUACCGGUAGAACGUAAAGGUACAGUCAGUGUUUUGCCGGACCGGUCCGCGGGCGGGUCCGGUCCGGUCCGGACCGGACAAACCGAAACAAAAAUUUUUGCGGACCGGACCCAAAAACCUGCGGACCCGGACCGAAGAAAAAUUUUUUUUUAUUUUAAUAGAACUGAUUUAAAAAUUGCAAUUAGAAUGUAUUUUUAAGAGUUUUUAAGCAAAAAGAAAGCAGUUUUAGCGCUCCUUGCUUUUUUUAAAAAUAAAAAAAAAAAUUUUUUGCGGACAGGACCCAAAAGUUUUGGGUUUGGACCGGACCGGACCGGACCCAAAAAUUUGAAGUUUGGACCGGACCGGUGAAAAACGCUCCGGACCGGUCCGGGCAAAACACUGGGUACAGUAUCGUGAAGGCUCUAGGACUGGAGUUUUGUAUUUCAGAACUUACAUAACGUAUAUCUUGAUGUCUAGAAACGUUUUCGUAUGUCAAUAAACAGUAGCAAAUAAAUAGCACAUCAAAUAAAACGUACUUUAUCGUCAAACAGUAGCAUGUUGUUCCGCCGAGGCUAUUAGUACAUUGCUUCUAUUUUUGUGAAUCAGGCCCGUUGCCACCUCUUUCCUCAUCCUCCUCCCCCCCCCCAUGACAAUUAGGGGGGCCGCGUCUUUCAAAAAUUAAACAGAAAACACACCUGAAUAGGCAUCUGGAGGGGGCUUUCCGGUCCGGUAAUUCAGUUCGAAGACGAAAGUGGAGGUUCGUGUGGCACGGGAUUUCCUUCUCAACUUUGUGUGUUUAAUGCCCUCUGGGGGUUUUUGCCGCGCCGGCCGCUUAUAUUUUGUUGUUGUUAUUAUUUGGGGGGGGCUUCAUGCCGUGCGGAUUUUUAGAAUAUUCUCCUUUUGGAGCUGAAUGAGUGAUAAGCGUGACGUAUUGGUCUUGUUUUGCGGCCGCUCAAAUUAGCGACUAAUUUGGUGGUAAAGAGGGGAGUUUACAGAGUAACAAAUGUUUGUAAUUUAGGUAAUAAAGAGAUAACGCAAAGAAGAGUGGAUGUAGGGUUGAAGGGCAAGGGAGAAAGUGGAGGGUAGGGGUGAAAACCAGUGUGGAGAAGGAAAAAGGGGAGGUUGGAUAUGGCUUGAUAGACUAACGUUUUUUGAAUGUUUACUUAGUGUCACAUACUAGUACUAUUAAGGUACUAUUUACUACUUGGUCAGUUAAGAUAGGGCAUGACAAUGUAUAGACUGGGCAGGAUAAGGUAAAGCACGCCAAACAAUGGUCGUAUAUGUAAUAUAGAAGUAGGGUAGGGUAGGGUAGUGUGAGAUAGGGCAAGGUAGUGUGAGAUAGGGUAGAGUUAAAAUUAAGCGCAAAGAAUUAAUAGUGUAACAUUUGCAAACAUGUAGUGUAUUAAAAUUGGCAACGUUAAAGCUUCCUAGAUUUUGGGGCUGAUAAUUGGGUAACGAUUCAUGUAAAAUACGCUUUGUAAAUAUUUUUUAAAUUUAAUUUUUUUUCAAAUUUAAAUUUUAAGUUUUGAAAUAUACAGGCAUCAAAAAUAGUUUUUAAGCUCAUUUUUCCCAUUUCUCACUAGCUUAAUAUAUCCAACUCAAGUUGAAUUUUCAAGUCUUUUGUUACCUAAAAGCACAACAAUACUAUUUUCCGAACAGUCCAAGCCUAAUUGAGGUGUGUACAAUAUUGUACAUAACAGACAGAGAUAAACAAUAAUAAUCGGACGUGUCCCGGGGCGAUGACUUGAAAAGAAUGUCCUUAGUGCAGAGCUGCAUACUCGAGCAGUUUUAUACAUACGCGAUGAGCACCAUAUUAUUUAUGAAAAACGACCGGCAGACGAGAGGAACGGUCGCUAAUGAGGGCACAACGGGCUCACCGUGAAUUCACUGUGAUCUUUUUUGAGGAAAAACAUUUUCUGCUUUUUUGUAUUUUUUGGGUAUCAUAGUAGUGGUUUAGUGAUUACAUUGGGGUAAGGGGUCUAGGGUAGGGUGGUGGGGAAGGUAGAGUCGGACAAGACAGAGUAGGAUAGCGGGAAGAGACUCACCCCCUUAGAAAUGAAGAAAAAAAAAUAAUUCCACCGCCCUUUGCUUGUAAAAAACAAACUUUUCACUACACCCUCCUCCUCUCAACAAUCCCAACUAAAAAUUUCUAUUCUUGCCCUCUCCUUCCAUCAUUUAGCAUUAUUAGAUAUAAUUUAGGCUUACAUUAAUUUUUUUUAGUUUAAUUAAAAAAUUGGUAUAAAUAAUGGGUUUAAAACGUUUUAUUUAACUACACGUGAACACAGAGUAAGAGUAUAGUUUAAAUUUAAUAAAAACAAUAAUUGAAGUCUAACUCUAGCAUGGGUGGUCUUUAACAAAGCUUCAAACAAAAAAAUGUAUAACUUAAAUUUAUAAUAUUAUGAUUAGAUAUAGUGCUUGCGUUUUUCAACUUUUAAGGGCUUGCUGAGUAUUUUGGAACAUAACAUCUAAAACAACAUGUUAUACAGAGGUUUCAAUCAAAAUAAUAUUUUUUUAUAUCAAUUUUACAGUAUUAGGUUCUUCAAAUAAUCCUGGGCCCCUAACUCCGAAAAUUUGUUUUGGGAGGGAGCACAGAAUUAUUUGGACAACCUAAAGAAUAUAGAAGGUAACUGUAGAUGUAGCUAUUCAUAUUGGUAUAUACUGUUAACGCAUUUUUAAAAACAGUCGUUUUUUGAGUUUAAAAUAUUUUUUGUUGAUUUUAAAAUAUUGUUUUUUACUUUUAAAAUAUUUUUUUCAUUUUUCGACUUCCCUGUUACCUAAAAUAUUACUCGUCCUACGCUUUUUGGGUAAAACAAUAAUAUUUAUUUUUAGACCAAUGUUGUGUUUGUUUAAUUACUUUUUUUGGUUUGUGACAUUAAUAUUAACAGCUGGAAGCAAAAUUAUUUCUGUUUUUGCAAAUUAUAUCCUAGUUUUUUAGGUAACAAAAAAGACAUUUUAAGAGUGCUUGUGCUUUAAAAGUCAAAUAAAGUAGUAACAAUAGGGUAAAAUGCUAUUAAUAUGGGUUUCCAAAAGUCUUGUCGUAAAUUAGUGAAUAUUUGCGUGGUUAGAAACGGCAAAACUUUUUUAACACUAUUUUUUUUAAUUUUUGAAAAUUUAUUAUAAAUCAACAUCGUAAAAUUUAAUCAACGUAUUUUACUAUAUUAUAAAGGCAAUAUAUAAUACUUUCGUUAGCCUACAAACAAAAAACCACCAGACGUAUUUACUGCCAUGAUCACCAUCUGAAUCAUUAUUACCUAAUUAUCUGGCAAAGAAUAGAAGAUGCCGUUAUGUUGCCAAUUUUAAUAUACUAUAUGUUAGCAAAUGUUACAUUAUGAUGUCUUUGCACUCAAGCUAAUUUUAUUGCCUUUGCUCUACCCUACUUUAUUUUCUUCUACCUUACCCUAUCCUACGCUACCAUCCCCCCUACCCCCAUUACCUUUUACAUUUGCACCGUCCUUAUAUAUACUAUAAUACAUGCCCAAACCAAAUACACUUCUAAACCCUCCCCCCCCUAUGUGUUGUUAAUGUUUGUCUAAUUAGCAAAUGUCCAAAACACUAUCUCAACCCCCCUCCCCAUACACUUAAUCUGACACUCGAGCACGUUCGUAUCGUAUGUUAGGGGGAAAUCGAAUUACAUCGUCCUUUUUAUAAAUGUAAAAGUGUUUUGUGGAUUGAUGGAUGGCCGAUGGUUAUAAAUUAUAUUUUCAGAGGCCCAAUCGGCCGAUGCGGACGAAGUUCAACGCCGGCUUCAGGAGCUCAACCGGUUUGUCGAAAACGUGAGUUAUAGUGAUUUAUCUUAUCAUACAGUGGGUUAUAGUCAUAUAUUUUACAAUACUGUAAGUUAUAGUAAUGUAUUGUGCCAAACAGUAAUUUAUAAUAAUAUAUGUUCUCAUACAGUACAGUAUAGUAAAAUAUUUUACCAUACAGUAAGUUAUAUUCAUAUUUUUUACCAUACAGUACUUUAGAGUUAUAUAUUUUACUGUAAAGUAAGUUAUAAUCAUAUAUUUUACGACACGGUAGUUCGUAAUGGUUUAGGUGACUAAAACACAUCUUUAUAGUAAGAUAUGGUUGUAUUAAUACCUAAAAUAGUAUUUUUAAUUUCAGGAAGGUCAGAUUAUUCAGCGUGCCCCCUUCAACCACUGUAAGUGUUUUAUUGCACAUUAUUUAAACAUGUGUAAUCGAGACGAUUGUCAUCCGAUACAUAUGUAUACAUACAUAUAUAUUAUAACAUCUAGCAUUUAAAUCCCAUUUUUUGGACAUUGAUUUGAACUACAAUAUGUUUUCAGUGUUUUUUUUUGGGUUUCGGGGUGGUUUUUUUGAAAUUUUAAAGUCCUAGGUGAUUUAAGAUUAAAUUAAGGUUAAUAUAUAUGAUAGAUAUAGUUUUUAGAAUAAAAUUACAUCUAUAUAACACCGAAAAUAAGGUCAAAUUGAUAGAAAAACGGCUCUAAUCUACCUUAAUAUAGCAUCAGAUAGAAGAAGCUUAAAAAUCCGUAAAUAAAGAAUAGUAUCAGAUAAACAUAGUUCAUUAACUAUCAAAAAAAACUUACUAUAGCCCAGAAGAAGCUAUGUUUAUAUAGAAAGCCAGUGUAACAUCGUAGAAGUCGCUUUGUCUGUGCGUCGAAGCGAAUUCGGCCGUUUUUUGUUUAAUUAAACUUCUUUUUCGGCUUCUAAUCGCCGAGAUUGACUGUUGGACUUUCUUGACCGGAUAACAUGACGUCGUUACGAUGUAGCCGGAUGUACAUUCUGCAAUUUUUAUCUUUAUUAAUUUUGUUUUUGAGGUAAAAGUGGAGGGAAAUAGAUAUAGAGGUUUGAAUUAAAAAAAGGAGCGGUAGAACUUUGUAAGGGAAACAUAAGUUACAAGGACAUUACUUCAUAAAAUUUAUUUGUCUUCAAUAUCUACAUAUUUGUUACCUUUUUGGCAUUAAUUUAGGUGAGAUGCGACUAAUCUUUCAAAGCGAAUCAUGAAUAAUAUAAAUCUUUUGUCGAUUGAGCGAUUUUCGGCCAAAGCUGGUGUAAUUGGUAUGUUUUUAUUGUGUUUAUUUUCUUUUUAGGUAUCUUUAUAAGAAGAGAAGGUUAAUCAAAACUUAGAAAACCGAUUUUUGUUAAGAAUAUUACAGAACAACUUUUUGUUACCUAAAAUAACAUUUUUGGCGUUAGAACGCCAUUUUAAUCUUCAUGAUUUGUCCUUUCUUCUAAAGAUACCUAAAAACCGAAUGAACACAAUAAAAAACGUACCAAUUAUACCAGCUUUGAUCGAAAAUCGGUCCAUCGACAUUAACAUUUAUGUUAUCCAUGAGUUGUCUUCAAAGAUAGCCGUAUCUCACUUGAAAUAAUGUCAAAAAGGUAACAAAUGGUUUGAUAUUGAAGAUAACUGACUGUUUAACACAAAAACGGCAGUUAUUGACAUCAAUAAAGUUGGGAUAACAAUAAAAAUGCCAGAAAAAAUCUUAUCUAAUUUUCUUUAGCGGGAGUCUCAGAAGAUAGUGACUACACAUCAGACGUCUCAUUCCCGAUCCAUCAUCAGAACAAUCAAUCAGCACAUCAGUGGGGAUCACACCUUCAUCCUCACGCUGGUCCAGCCAAUUCGGGAAUCAUUCAGAAUCCGCCCUUCGAAGAGGAGUUUGAUGCUCAUCCAGAGGACAUUCUAAGCGUCAGUACCAACUUUCAGAACUCGCAGGACUAUCAGGGGGAUAACUACGGAUUGGUGAGUAAAAUAUUGCUCGGUUUAUUGAAAUUUAGUUAAUUUUAGGUAACAAAACUAUUUUUUUUAGGUAUGAAAAGUAUAUUUUUUGGUAUUUUAGGUAUAUAAUAGUCUCUAAAAUUUAAUUUUAGCUCUUAAAGGCUUAAAAAGCACGGUGCACGGCUCAAGGAAUUGAUUAACUAUCAAAAAUACUCGUUAUCUCAUGGUUAACACCGCUCUUUGAAUCUAUUUUUGGCUAAAUUUGUUUGUAUUUUCAGUCCAAUUACUCCGAGCCUUACAAUUACGAGACGGAGCGCUCCAGUCCGCACGGUCUUCGACGCUACAACGACGAGCCGGCUUACGACAACGGGCAGGUGUAUCCGACCGGGUAUUACGAUGCUUACAUGCAUUCCAUACCUGAGGACGAGUACAAACUGGAAGACAAUGAAGGCAAUGUCUACAGUGAGGAUGGUAGAUUGGGUGGGUAAUGUAGGGUUAGAGGGGUAGGGCAGGGCACGGCGGCGUAGGGUAGAAUAUGGUAGUAUGGUAGGGUAUGGUAAGUUUUGUAAGGGGGGGGUAAUGUAAGGUAGGAUAAAAAUGCUAUGAUGGAGUAGAGUAUGUUAAGUUAGAGUACGAUACAAACUACAAAAUUGUCAUUCCAGGUGCAUACCCCACAGCAUCAUCGGUAGAAAGAACCUCGGGCGAAGAGUACAACACCACCCCCUCAUACACAGAUACCUCACUUCACAACCAACCCCGGUCCAACUACACCAAGCCUGAUCGUAUUGUUCCAAAUGGAACAUACGACAUUCAUCAACAAGUGUACAACGAGUACGCUCAGUACAAUGACAGCACGUACAAUGAAGGCACGCCCGAGGAGUACGAUGCUGAACUGGAGGAUAUUGAGCCACAGUACAUGGAUCGCGCACGACGAGGAUUGAGGCGAGUACAAGUGCAGGGAGAGUACGGGUAUGAAGGACAAGGCGAAGCGGGUACGUCCGAGUACGGCAACCAGGAGGAAGGGUACUUGAAGCGACAGUACGACUUUGGCAAUGGCUACGAGGAACGACAGUACGAUUCAGGGAAAGAAUUUGAUACUUCAGGUCGACAGUACGACUCUAAGAACGAGUACGAUACUCGACAGUACGACUCUCAGACAGAGUAUGACGCUACGGUUCCUGACGUUAGCAAUCCAGACUAUGUCGAUGACGCUCAGUAUGGUGCUGUAAAUCCGAAUUAUGAUUCAGGAAAAGAGUACGAUACCGUGAAUCGACAGUACGGCUCACAACAAGGUUAUGAUUCGAAUGAACAGUACGAUUCAGCAAAGGAGUACGAUGCAGUAAACAACCAGUUCAGUGCGGCAAAUGAUCAGUAUGAUGCACUAAAGGACGAGGUGGUUUUAAAUCGACAUUACGACUCUAAAAAUGAGUUUGAAGUAGUGCACCGACAGUACGAUUCUGGAAGUCAGAUCAAUGAUUUUCAUCAACAGUUCGAACCUGAUCAUCCAUAUGAUGUUAAGAGACAGUACGACUCGGAUAGACAGUAUGAUGGCGCAGAACAGUACGAUACUGAGCAUUAUGAACCAGAUGGUCAGUACGAUACUGAUCAGCAUGGUGCUAAUGAAACGAAUGUUCCGUACGAUAAGGAAGGAGAAUUUGGAGAGAAACAACACUACGAUAAUGCACAGUACGAUACUACGCAGUACGAGGAUAAAAUUUACGAUCAAACCCAGUACGAUGCUACACGGUACGACUCAGAACCCUAUCAGUCUCAACCAGAGUACGACGAGAAACCUCAGUACGAUUCGGGGCCGUACAACGAGUACGAACAGUACAACGACGUCAACUACAACAACAAAAACCUUCAGUACGGAAGCGACGAACAAAAGUCGGAGUACGGAUCAGCAAGGUAUCAUAGUCAUGAUGAUCAAACAAGACCAUCGAGUUCGGGAGAGAAGACUGGACUGUCUACACCACUGAAUCCAGUCGAAGUUCAGGACUACAAGGCUCAGCUGGCUGCGGCUGGAAGGAGGUAUGACAGUAAACCUGAAGAGUACGAUAUGGCGACGUUUGUGGAACAUAAUCAAGCUUACUCUGACUUUGAGGAUCGGCCACGGUAAGCUAGGGCGUGGUUGAUAAAAAUUAUUUAAAAAAUUGGCAUUUUUUAAAAAUUUUAAAUUUUCAGUACCUACUCCCAACAAAACACUGACGAAGAGCGUCUAUCCUAUUCUAGUCGACCAUUAAGCCAACAACAUGACCAGAAAGACCACAAAACGGGUAACGGGUUUCUUCCACAGACCCAGGCCAUCAAUGAUGCUAAUGCUUUGGCCGGUAUCUAUGUGGAAGAACAUGAUCAACAAGUGCCUCAACAGUUCACCGAUUUUAACCAUGACAUUGGAGACGGAUUUGGUGAAAAAAGCAUGGAAUUCAAAUCGACUGGUCGAAUUGAUGAAUAUGCAAAGGAGGUUGAUGAAUAUGGCAGAACGAUUGAAAAUCAUGUCGAUGAAUACAAUCGACCGGUGGAGAAUCAUGUGGAUGAGUACGGAAGACCAGUAUCAAGUCAGGUGGAUGAAUACGGAAGACCAUUAGCACCUCAACUGGAUGAAUAUGGCCGACCAGUCCCACCUCAAGUAGACGAAUAUGGUCGACCAGUCAAUAACAAGGUUGAUGAAUACGGUAGACCAAUUCAGAAUCACGUCGAUGAGUACGGUAGGCCAGUAGCCGGGCAUGUAGACGAGGACGGUAACCAAAAAGUGAUCGAUGAAUAUGGCCGACCGGUUGAAAAUCACGUCGAUGAAUAUGGAAGACCAUUACCGUUAUUGGAUGAGUAUGGUCAACCAAUUACUCGACCAGUCGAAGAUGGGUAUCAAACUGAAGGCGAAUAUCGAACUGAUCAGGAAAUGGAACUGUAAGUUAUAUUUUGUCAUUUUCAAAAUUUUUAAUGUUUAAAGCGGCUUUUUUUAAUUAAAAAAUUAUAAAUUUUAAAAUAAUUUUAAAGUGUUUUUUACUUUUGCAGACUGCGGGACAUGUCAUACGAUGAAACAUGUACUUUAAAAAAUUUUUUAAUUUAAUAAAAAAUUUGUAUUUUAAAGGGCACGGCUGUAUUUAAAAUAUUGCUUUGAGUAAAACUAAUGUAAAAUACGACUAUUUAUAGCGAGUUUUGUAGUAAUAUUUCAAUUUCAGAGAACAAAAGCCACCUAGAAACUAUCAUGAACUGUGGAAACGAGCAUAUCAGUACAUGUGUGAACAACAUGGCAUUCAGGUAGAUUUUAAUUUUUAAAAUUUUUCAUUUUUUCAAUAAAAGUGCAAUUUUGCAUAUUUUUUAAAUACAGUAUUAGUACUAAACUUUGUAUUGUACUAAUACUAGUUCUAAAUUUUAUAUUGUACUACUACUAGUUUGAAAUUUCCUAUCUUUGUAGUACUAUUUUAAGUAAACUAUUAGUACUAUAAUAGAUUCAUUAAAGAACCACUACCAAGCUAAACAAAUUACUAGUACUAUCUUUAUUACACUAUUAGUACUGAGUUUAUUAUAGUACUAAGACUAAAAUGAAUUUAGUAUCAGUACUAUACUUGUUACAGUACAAGUACUAAGAUAAAUAAAGUACUAAUAUUUGGUUGAAAGGGUACUAUUUUCAUUACAGUAUUGGUACUAAAUUAUGUGUUUUACAGUACUAGUACUAUAUUAAGUUUAUCGCAAAAAUAUUACUGAAUUGAGUAUAGCUCUAAAAUAGUACUGCAUUGAGUAAAGUACGAAAAUAGUACUGCCCAAACGAAAACUGGUAAAAGAAGUCAAUGACCAAACCCGAGUUGUUAUUAAUCUUUCGGCCCAAAACGGGCCGCUUUUAUUUUAAUUUUGUUUUGUUUUUGGCGAAGCGAAAACAAUGGAAAGAUGUCGGCGUUUACCUGCUUCGUAUCAUCGUUUCUUCAGGCGCAGGUUGGUUGGGCCGUCUUCCGAACCGUUUUUCCUCGUUUUGUGGCGUCUAACUUGGCUACAGGGCUAUGA